GUAUUUUUGACCCAAAAAAAAAAAUUUUCCUUUUUCUUCUUCUGCCGCUUCAUUCAUCUUUCCAUCUCUGCAACAUACGCAAGAAGAAAUGGCGACUAUUUCUCUUUCAGCGUUGCGAGGUGGUCGCUUCUCAUUGUUUAAUCCUUGCCCGUACCCUCAGUUGUCUGCUGUAAGCAGCAGAUCGAGGAAGCUCUAUUUUCCUUCCAAGGCAAUUACCCUUUUUGCCCAGUAUUCUCAAGCACAGGAUCGCUUCUCUUCUCGCCUUCAAGAUAGCAUUGAAAACCUUCCCAAACUGGUGGAGGAUAUUAUCCAGACAUCUAUUAAUACUGGUCCUCGUGGAGCAAUAAGGCUCGCUCAAGGUGUUCAAGCAUUUCUUGGAGUUGGUGGCGAGUGGCUGGCAGAUGUAUCAAAGUCAGCAAAUUCAUCUACUGGGUUGCCAACACAAAUGCAACUUGGAUUACUUUCUCCACUGUACUUGAGGAGAUUAUUUGAGCGUAUGGGAGCAACUUAUAUUAAAUUAGGUCAGUUCAUAGCAUCUGCACCAACAAUGUUCCCACCAGAAUAUGUUGAAGAAUUUCAAAAGUGUUUUGAUAGAGCUCCAGCCAUCCCAUUUCAAGAAAUUCAAGCAAUCUUGCGUGAGGAAUUAGGAAGGCCAAUAGAAAGUGUGUAUGAAUAUGUUGACCCAAUGCCAAUUGCCUCAGCCUCUAUAGCACAGGUUCAUGGGGCAAGGCUCAAAGGUUCACAAGAAGAUGUAGUUAUAAAGGUCCUCAAACCUGGAAUAGAAGAUAUACUAGUGGCAGAUUUGAACUUCGUGUAUAUUGUUGCUCGCAUAUUGGAGUUCUUAAGUCAUGAUCUCAGCCGUGCAUCACUAGUUGCUAUUGUCAAAGACAUAAGGGAAUCCAUGCUUGAAGAGGUUGAUUUUUAUAAGGAAGCUGCAAAUAUUGAGUCAUUUAGGAGAUAUUUAGAAGCUAUGGGACUUACAAGGCAGGCUACUGCUCCAAAAGUCUAUCAGCAUUGCAGCAGCCGGCGAGUUCUUACCAUGGAAAGGCUGUAUGGAGUACCUCUUACAGACCUGGAUUCUAUAAGUUCUCUUGUUUCUAGUCCAGAGACCAGUCUUAUCACAGCCCUUAAUGUGUGGUUUGGUAGUUUGCUUGCAUGUGAAAGUUUCCAUGCAGAUGUGCAUGCUGGCAAUUUGUGGUUAUUACGUGAUGGUCGUAUUGGAUUUCUUGAUUUUGGAAUAGUAGGUCGCAUAUCCCCCAAAACCUGGGCUGCUAUGGAAGUGUUUUUGACAUCAAUUGCAUCUGAAGAAUACGAGUCAAUGGCAUCUGCCUUGAUUGAAAUGGGAGCUACAAACAAAGAUGUUGAUACUAAUGCCUUUGCAAGAGACUUGGAAAAGAUAUUUUCAUCAAUAAAGGAAUUAGAUACAGAAAUAGUUGUUGCAACAGCACGAGAUACUACUACAAAUGCAACUGCUGUUUCUGCCAAUGUAGUAGUUGACGAGAGGCAAAUGAAUGCACUUUUUCUCGAUGUGAUUCGUGUUAGUGAAUCCUAUGGACUCAGAUUUCCUAGGGAGUUUGCGCUUCUUAUGAAACAGCUUCUGUAUUUCGAUCGGUAUACUCGGUUGUUGGCUCCCAACAUGAACAUGCUUCAGGAUCAGAGAAUUACGAUUGUUUCAAAUAAAAGAAGGAGCUAUAGGGACAAUUUCAAAUGAAUCUCAUAAAUUUAGGUGCAUCGUUGGUCAGCCAAUAGCUUUUUUUUUUUUUUUUUUUUUUUUUUUUUUUUUUUUUGUUUCCUCUUGUUUUCUCGUGUAAAUACAAUUCAUAGAAUUACUCCAAAGCUGGAGUCGCAUAUAUAUCCAUGGAAGACUUGAGAAAUUAGAAAUGAAUUUCUCAUAUGAUAUAGGAAUAUAGGAAUGCACUUCUGCAACGUUUGUAUUUUGUCUACAUUGGAGGGAAUGCAAUUUUAUUGUUGGAAA